GGGGCCCUGAGGCCGGAAACCGGCGCCGCCUCGUCGUGCCCCGAGCGGGCGCAGCGGGCGUUGGCGUAGGCCGCAGCUCCUCGAGUGUACGGCGCUCAGCGCUUACCGGUCCCGUGCAGCUGCGGCCUAGACGGUCCCCCCUGCGGCCAGCGCGUUAGAAACAGUGCGGUGAGGCGCUGUGCUCCCAUCUGUGGAAAACAGCGGUGUCCCUCCGCGUUCGGAAUGCGGGAAGCACGUCUGUGCCUGCCGCCGAUCCCAUUCGCUAUGGGUGCUCAGUUUGCCGGAUCUCAGCCUCCCGUUCGCCCCUUUGCUCCCAGUGUCCCUGCUCCGCUCUUGCGCGGCCAGGCCUGAGCGAUUCCAGUUCUGUGUGUGAGGCCAGAUCGUGGACUGCAAGGUUUUGCUGCGGACGAGUCAUGCUCUAGAUUUCCUAAAGCUUGCAUGCACCAUUCUAUUUAGAAAUAGCUUUGUGUGGUACUCUGCUAUAAAAGCGUUACCAUAAUCCCAAAAAAGGCUGUGCUGACAAAGGGUUGCUUGAGGACUACACCCAAAGCAGGUGUUAUCAGUGAGGGCAUCACUGUUGCCAGCUCAGUCCCCUAACAUGUAAACACACCGUCUGUUGCCAUCCUCCCUGUGAUGUGUGUAAAUCCCGGUGCCGGCUGUGUAACCGCUCCCCUGCUGGCUUCCCUCAGAACACACCGGUUUCCUCAGCCUCUCACCUUUGUUACCUUGAAAGUAAAACAUUGCCACUGUGCUUCCUGCAGUAAUUUGGCAAUACACGCUGCAAUUGCAAUAAUUGCGUGUGGAUAUGACUAAGUCCAAGCAAAGCAGCAAUUUGUACCUGCUUCCAACAAUUACGUAUAAUCGAUGCGUAAUUUAGGAUGACCAUUAAAUCUGCCUCUGUUUCCUACACUUUUUCUGGAGUAGUGCUAGUUGGAUGUUGGUCUUUCGUGUGUGUUUGUUUGCUUUUACUACUCUGUGGUUCUAUUAUAUCACAGAAUUUCAGAAUUAACCGAAAUGCUAACUUUUUUAUCAAGCUCACUGGGAGCAGGAGUCCAGUACUCUAAUUUGGAAAUCAUGGUCUUUGUGCACAGGUAGCAUAGGGCUUCCUGCCACGAGCUCUCGCUGACCAGCCUUACACUGGCAGCACUAUGGGACAGCCACAUCCCCAUUCCUGCAUGAGUGGGUGUUGUGCUGGAUGCAGUUUGACUUUGCUUGUCUCCCACAAGGGCUUCCCCUGGAUGGACUCACAAACGUUUCAAAAGAAUAGGUUAUCUCCGAUUAACACCAGCAUGACUUUAACAACUGAAAUAGGAGGAGUUUUUUCUCCAGAAAUCAGCUGUAUAGUUCCUGAUCCCUCAUAUGAAAACCAGGUAUAUCAGAAAUUAAGUUAUGAAGAUCUCUCUCCUGAGGCAAUCCUGUGUCCAGAUACCUUUCUGGAGGAGAUAGUAACACCACAAGAUAUUUUUCUACAUGUUUUAGAAGAUUGCCAGAGACCCACCGUGGCUGUGAUUGACACAGAUAACAGCAUAAAAGAACAACUCUCCAAUAAUGAUAAAGAUCUUUCAAUGUCAGCCUUUGGGAAGAUUCUCAUGGAAUCAUUGUCACUCACUGAACAGAGCUUAGGGGCUGAUGAACUUGAAAGCAGUGAUUCGUUGAGAUUUCUCAGCGAUUCUGGGAGUCCUACAGUGAUAAACCCAUUGCAUGUUGUAUUAGAAUAUCCUGAUUGUGUCUUUUCCAGUGAUGCACCAUCAGAUAAGAACAGUGAUGCUCUGCCAGUAGAACUUGUGACAGAACUGAAUUCUGUGUCAGGAUCUGUAAUACAGCCUGACAUACCUGUAGUGCCAAGCAAGAGACAGCUUAACACCAAGGAAGAGCAGGCAAAUUCAGAACAUGAUAUUGCCAGGCAAGUGGGGGAUGACUGUACACAAAUAACAAGCAUGCUUGAGCCUCCGCUUCCUGUUAUUCAGUUGGACAAAUCAGAACCUUUGACAGGAUCUAGCUUGCAGAGGACAACAUAUGAGCAGCUUGUGAGUGAUCAUCAGAAAGGGAAAGAAGUAAUUUCAAAUUAUUGGAAUGCCACCUGUAAAAAAAAAGGAACUAGGAAGGGAAGUUCACAUUUAGUUGAGGCUGUUUUAUGCGCAGAAACCACUAAAACAACAUCAGGGAGAACAAUGGAGCUAAGAGAGACUUCCUCGAUAAGGUACACAGAUAGUGUUUCCAGUCACGAACAAAUGUCAGAAGGACUGCAAAAACUGCCUCACAGUCGCACUACGGGAAGUAAAGCUAAGUAUUUUAGUAAAAUUCAGAAAUCUUCUAAAAACAAGCAAGAUCCGGAAAUCAACAUGUCCCAAGAAUUGUCUCAGAAUGAGGAUAGAAAAGCUGACCAGAGAAGGAGGAGCAAAAGAAUCAGAGAUAAAAUGAGACAAGAAGUCUGUCACAAGAGUUUCACAAAUCCUCAAUACUGUGUUACGCUUUCAAGAAUAAAUAAGAGGAAUGCAUGUGGUGAGACCUUAUUACACAGAGCUGUUGCUGCUGAAGAUCUAAACUACAUACAUAACCUAAUAAAAGCUAGUGCAAAUGUAGAUGAUAAGGAUUAUGGCUGGACUGCACUACAUGAAGCAAGUUUAGAAGGCCAUUACCAGAUAGCAAAGGAACUUCUGAAAGCAGGAGCUGAUGUAAAUGCUAGAGGAGAUGAACAAAUAACACCAUUGCUCAAUGCAGUUAAAGAAGGCCAUUAUAAGGUAGCAGCAUUACUACUCCAUUAUGGAGCUGAUCCCUUAUUAAAAAAUGAGAUGGGAACGAGUGCAUUAGAUGAAGCUUCUGACCCAUGUAUGAAGAGACUGUUAAAACACCAUCUAGCAAGAUCUGAAAGAGACUCAGUAUCAGGUGGAGGUGAUGCAGAGAAUACAUUAAGCGCUCAAAGCACAGAGGACACAAACCUGCACAAGGGUUCCUUAGGAGCAAGUGAGUCAGAACUAGCAUGUGCAAAUCUUACUGAUUCAGGCAGGGCAGACAUAUUGCAACAGACUGUUGAAAAUGAGAUGCAAAGCACUUAUACUAAUAUAUUGGAUGAUAGAGCCAGCUGCAUGGAAUGUACUCUUAAAAUAAAUACAGAAACGCUCCUAGUGAGUGAGCUUUUAGCAACUACUGGUAAAGUGAGUUCUUCUGGAAGUCCUUCUAAUUCUACUGAUGAUGUACUGAAUGCCAAUGAGCAAAAGGUUCCACAACCAGAAACAAGAGGGGGAAUCCUGCUUAGUGCAGAAGAAAGCACUGGAAAAUGUCACACCAAGGAAACUAAAGAUGCUCAUAGUUUAGAGAUACUGUUCAGAGCUUUACAACUCCGUGACAAGAAAAUACAUCAAAUUAAACGGAAGAGACAAGACAUUAAGGAUACCAACUCAAAGUCAGAUAAAGGACGAUUUGCUGGAGUGGGUGGAACAGAAGGCACAGAAAAGAAUAAAGAAGGAAGUGGAAAGAGCAAUGUGCUCUUGCAAUUCUCUGAAGUAGAAGUCCAAACGAAAAGAUUAAGGUUAGACCCACAGGAGACAAGACAAAAGACAGACUUGUGUUCUAGUGUAAGUCAAAACAAGCUUUCAUCUACUCGUUCAAAAUUCAAUCAAGCAUCAGCACAGCAAACAUCUAAGAAAUCAGUUGAGACGAAGACAAAGAAGAAAAAUGCAAAAGGAGAAACUGAGCUGCAUGUUGCUGCUAGGAGUGGAAAUUUAUCAUUGGUGAAAACUCUGAUAUCAGCUGGAAUUCCUGUAAAUGAACAGGACAAUGCAGGCUGGACAGCAAUUCAUGAAGCUUCUGCUGGUGGAUUUACUGAUGUGAUCUCAGAAUUACUGAAAGCUGGUGCUGAUGUUAACAGCAGAGGUCUGGAUGGUAUUUUGCCAAUUCACGAUGCUGUUUAUAUCAAUUCUUUGGAGGCAGCCAGGAUUCUACUACAGAAUGGAGCAAAUCCCUGUGAGAGGAACGAUUCUGGGAAAAGUGCUGUGGAUGAAGCUUGUGAUGAUGAAAUGAAAGAACUGCUUACGUCUUAUUGUUCUAUUGAAUAUGUACCUCCUGUUGAAAGUAGUGAUGUUACAGUUGCAAAGUGGAACUGCUGUAGGUCAAGAAGACAAAAAAGCAUUUGUCUUAAGUGCUGUGAAAAUGGUGAUACGUCUUUGGAGCCACAAAGUGAGAAAUAUGGUGUGAACACUGUUGCCGCCAUACAAGAUGUUGAAAAGAAGCAGAAAGAGCUGUUGCUACUUGAACUGAGAACUUCUGAAGAUGCAGAUGUGUUUAUCCAAGGCCUGUCUCAGAUAGAAAGUACUUUGAAUAAAGUGUUUGCAGAACGGAAUGCAGACAGGGAUGCCCUUGCUAAAAAAUACAGGUCUUCAGCAGAAUCUUUUAAAAAAGGAGCACGGAGAGGAGAAGUAGCUAACCUCUCUUAUAGGCAAAACAAUCUGAUGACUGUUGUCCAAAACCAGAAGAGAUUACUCCAGAAAAUAGAAAACUACAGAAAAACAAAGCAAGUGUUCGUAGCUCCAGAUUCAGAGAAGCAAAUCAUGAAUCCCGAUGUAGUUACAUAUGCUAUGGGGCUUGGUUCCAGCAUGCCUACUGAAAACAGAAUAAAAGCACAUCUCUCUUCAGAAAGUAGAUUUUCAGCCCAGGAAUGCAGUCAGUAUCCAAACAACUGCUUGGCUGAGACAGAAGCUAACAAAGAAGCAGUAAGAAGCAAAGUGGUUUCUGAUAGUACUUCAGCAUCUGAAAACUGGAUAAGAAAAUAUUACUUCUGUGACAUGUCAAGGUUGACAAAUGCAUUGCCUUCAAAACCUGCUGCUUCCACUGCUAAAACCACGUGUUUGCAGCAAAAAGACAUUGAUCACAUAGCAGUUGGAGAGCAAGGAAACAAGUCAUUAAAUCCCACUUCAGUGGCCAACACAUUAAAUAUUUCAGAAGCCCAAAGCAGUGUUGCCAGUAACAAUGUUUGUCAGCCAGGCAGUGACUGUCAGCAGGCUCUUGCAGAUGAGGAUAUACACACAUACGUAAAUAAGAAAGAUGCUUUCCAGCAGCAUCAGCAAGUAAUGGCAUCAGCCUCCGCAGAUAACUUUCCUAAUCUGCAUGAAAUGUUCUUUCAGAGUUGUGGAAACUCAUUUAAUGCAGAAUCAAUGGUUGCAAAUUUUACAUCAAACACAGAUUAUCCAGUAAACCUUAGUGAGAAACCUUUCCAGAACUAUGGUUACAAGGAAUGUGAACAAAAACAAAGGAAGCAUGCGAGAAAAAACAAAAAGAAACUUCAGCUGAUAGAUCUUCUUGAAUUGGGAAGGAUUAAGCCAGGAGAAAACGUUUUGGAAUUCACACUGAAGGAAUUCACUUGCAAAGCCACACUCUUAACAAAUGGAAAGAUCAAAACAAGUAAGAACAAAAUAUUUCAGAAUCCAGUUCAGUGGGUUAAAGACCUACUAGGAAGUGAUAUUUAUGUGACAUGGAAAUAUGCAUGGAACAAGGUUGUUUAUCGUGGGACACAAUUGUCAAAGUUAGUUGUUGAAAAUGCACCUGUUUCUAAUGACCUGGAAAUACCAUCACAGCAGAGAGAGCUUCCAGAAACUGUGAAAACAUUUCCAUGCACUGAAAGAGAAGCAGCAGAAAGUCUCCCCGUUGCCAGAGAAUUAAAGAGUUUCUCUGUCCAGUUCAACUCAGUAGAAAGUCUAACAUGUUUUCUUCAGUUCACUGAGUUAUUCAUCACAUGUACAGAGGAGUUUCUACCGUGGCCUGUAAUGGAAAAGCACUGGAAUUUCUACAGGGCAUGUGAAGACUUUGGAUUCUGAGGUCUUCUUAAGUGCUAACACUUUUUCCUUCCAUCAUCAUUUAGUUCUAAAUGUACAAAUGUUUGCCUCUAAGUGCUUUGUUACCGUUGUUUUGAUAAAUCGUUUGCCCAGUGCUUGGAAUGGGCUGAAAUAUAGGUCAAACCGCAGAGUACUUUGUAGCAAGUGGGGGUAACUGUCACUGUUGAAUUUUGUGCUUUAAUGUUCUGAAAUGGAAAGGGCUUGUUACACUAGUCCAUAAAUUGUGUUCUAUGUUGCCAGCUUUGUAUGAAACUCUACUGAUUUCUGUGGCUUUUUAUCCUCCCAUGCCGGACAGUGCCAGAUAGAUAUCAACACCGAUGGCCACUUGUUAUGUCUUAGUGUUGAACCAGUCUGCCCAAGCAUGUGCUGUCAGAAGUGGCUUGAAAGAGCCUGUGUAAUAAUGUAAGCUAUUAAGCAAAAAUCAAGAUGGGCAGCUUUGAACAAUCGCCAGCAACUUUGCUUUGUGAGGCUUGAUUAUAUACAAACAAUUGAGAAUGGGAUGUGUGCUGGGAGAAGUUAGAAGAGGGCUCUUAACCUUUGAAAAUGCUCCUGGAAAUUCAGUUGUUGAUUCAACCAAAUCCAUCUGACAGUCAAGAAACGUGCCAGCACAAGACAGGAAGUACAAGUGAGAUCAAUUCUGGUAAAUGCAUUUUUCAGUCUAGUAACAUCCUGGAUUUUCAGCCUGAUGACUGGAGGAUUUCUGUUUGUUUUGAUUUUGCACAGUGUGAAUCUGCCUCGGUAGCAUGUUUAUAAUACAUUUGACUGUUAGGAGAAUUAUCUGUAUUCAAGUGGUGUUCUAGCUCUUUCAUUCCCUGAGUUGUAAGAAGACUUGAGAUAAUAACACCUACUACUCCUAACUCGAGUGAAUGGGGUGAAAAAUACCUCCUGUCAAUACAUAACAUACUCAGCUUGCUAUUUGGAGUGUGAAGAGCUGUUCUGCAGGGAUUUGAUUAGUGUCUUAAACAGGAGAAGGUUUAGGGGAGAGAGAGGCUUCUGAUGGUCAGAGUUAAUACUGUGCCUGAGGAUGCAUGAGCAAUCAUUGCCUGUUAGGCUGUAAGGAUUAAAGGAAAAAAAUAAAAAACCCACCAAAAAAAAAAAAAAAAAAAAAAAAAAAAGCCCAAGUGCCUUGAAGCCAGGGAAAGUUAAAGGCUACUGAGUGAUGGGUAUUUAGUAAAGGUCAGUUUGCAAGCAGGAAGUAAACAGAACAUUCCCACAGCUGCUGCAGCAAAACAGACCUGAAGGAAUGUUGGUCUAAGGGAGCUAUUCAUUCAGAUAGUGCUGCUUGGAGAAGAAAAGUAGUUUUUCAUCAAAGGUGAAAGAUUUUUGACUGUAAAAGUUACUGUUAAAGCUACUUACAUGUUGUUUGACAUCUUUUCUGCGUUACGAGUUGUUUAAUAAAAUUAUAAUGAAAAACUGG